CAACCGAGGUACAUUGAAGCAGGACGCACAUGCGUUAUAGUCCAGCAGCGCUGUUCGAGUUAGUUGCGGGUUAGGGCAUUGUUCGUUGGUGAAAUCAGUACGAUUAUAUUAUUCGGCUCUGAAUCCAGUGACAAAAUGGCUGAUAAGAUGGAUAUGUCUCUGGACGACAUCAUCAAGCUGAACAAACGAGGGGGUGGUGGGGCCCGCGGCGGCAGGGGAGGUCGUGGUCGAGGAGGACGAGGUGGGAACGUCGGUCGACUUGGAAGCAGCGGGGGAGGAGGCGCUGGAUCAGGCCCUAUGCGGAAUCGACAGACCCUGAGUCGCGGUAGAAGCAGACCCACGCCGUAUACCAGGCCCAAGCAACUCCCAGACAAAUGGCAACAUGACCUGUUUGACAAUGGCUUUGGUGCCAGUGCCAGUGCCGGGGCUGGUACUGGUGGGGGUGGUGGAGCAGGUGUGGAAACUGGGGGCAAGCUCCUUGUUUCUAACCUAGACUUUGGGGUCUCUGAUGCAGACAUUCAGGAGCUGUUUGCAGAGUUUGGAACGCUUAAGAAAGCAGCAGUACACUAUGACCGAUCGGGCCGCAGUUUGGGAACAGCAGAUGUUCACUUUGAGAGGAAAGCAGAUGCACUGAAAGCCAUGAAGCAGUAUAACGGAGUUCCACUUGAUGGGCGUCCAAUGAACAUUCAGCUCGUCACAUCACAGAUUGAUGCACAAAGACGGCCCACCAUGCAAGGCAGCCUGAAUCGAGGAGGUGGUGGAAUGAACCGAAGCAGAGUUGGUACUUUUGGAGGGAUGACGAGGCGGGGAGGUCGCGGUGGUGGAACCAGAGGCAGGGGUAGAGGCGGAAGGAGUACGAACAAACAGCAGCUGUCUGCCGAAGAACUGGACGCCCAGCUAGAUGCCUACAAUGCCAGAAUGGAUACCAGCUAAAACCACUGAUGUCUACCAAGUCCCAUCUUUUUUUAUAUCAUCCCUCAUGUUGGUUGUGGGUGGUUAGAGUUCCUUUGGCAGUGGACAUUUGGAUGCUUUACAUGCACCUGUUUUUAGAAUCAGUUUUAAGUUUAUGUAAGGAUGUGUUUUCUUUUAAAAUGGCCUGAACAAUUUUUCUACCUUUUUUUUUUUUUUGAAAAAGACUGUAGGAUUUUAAGGGGAGGGGACGUAUAGUUACUUUAAUACCUUUUUCUCUCAAGUCUGUCAGUCAUUGUAAUAAACCUGCAGUAAAUAUAUUAACACUCUGGUUGUUAUCCAAUUUCUGCCAGCCUAUAAAAAGGGAACUGGGUGAUAAUGUCACUACUGUCUUAGGUCCUUGUUAUCUCAGUGAGCGGAGAGAAUGCAGUGCACAAUAUGAGUCGUCCAGGUGAUUUUAAGAUCAGCUUUGCCUCAAUGAAAUACUCUGAGGGUGUACAGUAGCCCAGCAUUACCAGCUUUGAUUUUAUACAAAAAAGAGUCAUCU